CACCCGCAUCACCGGUUUCCACGCUGCUCUCUGGUCUAGUCAUGUAGUCAUUAUGGCUCUUGUAAUUCCCUCUGUCUUCACACUCUGUCUCUGUUUGUGUCUACACGGUCUUCUGCGCAUUUUCUCUUAGUUUUGUUGUAGUUAAUCAGUCGUCUUUCUGUCGGAAACUCUUGUUUUUGCGCUUUUCUGAAGCUUUGGGGAUUUCCGCGCGUCCGAGCGCCCCGCACCUCUCCACGUUUUAAAUCCCUCUGGUUGCUCCACCUGGACCUGUCGGCUCCCGCUCCGCCGUUAAUUCCCCCAUUUAAUCACCCGUGCGGUCAUCUAUCAUCGCCGUGACUCCUAAUUGUUUCUUGGCAGAGUGGAAACCGCCGGGGAAAAGGCUCAUAUGAGUGCGCCUCCGCUGAUCCGUGCGCCCAGCCCGCUCCCGUUCUCAGGGGGGACAAACAACACUAGCACCGGCGCCGGGGGAGGAGGAGGAGGUGGCGUUGGUGGCGAUGUGAUCUCCUUCCACAUCCAGAUCGGUUUGAGCCGGGAGCCGGUACUGCUGGACGCCGCAGAUCUCAGCCUCAGUCAAGUCCGGGAGGUGGCGUGCUCCAUCGUGGACCAGAAGAUACCCGAGUGUGUUUUCUAUGGGAUGUAUGAGAAGAUCCUGCUGUUUCGUCAUGACCAGACAUCAGAGAACGUGCUGCAGCUGCUGCGCUCUGCCUCUCAGAUCCAGGAGGGCGACCUGGUGGAGGCCGUGCUGUCAGCUUCAGCCACAGUGGAAGACUUCCAGAUCCGUCCACACUGUCUGUUUGUUCACUCGUAUCGAGCUCCAGCCUUCUGCGACCACUGUGGAGAGAUGCUGUGGGGACUCGUACGACAGGGGCUCAAAUGUGAAGGCUGUGGUCUGAAUUAUCACAAGCGUUGUGCCUUUAAGAUCCCCAAUAACUGCAGCGGAGUGAGGAGGCGACGCUCGUCGAACGUCUCCCUGACGGGGGGGCUGGUAAACGUGGGCCGCCCCCUGUCUGCUGAGCCCUCACCGCCCCACUACACCGAUGAUGCUUUGCUGUCUCCAGUCAGUCCCAGCAUGGAGCAGAAGAACCAAUUAGAUUACUUCCCUGGUAGAGAGCGGCGCUCCAGCUCCCAGUCGUAUGUCGGCCGUCCCAUUGAACUGGACAAGAUCUUGCUGUCGAAGGUCAAAGUUCCUCACACCUUUGUGAUCCACUCGUACACCCGGCCCACCGUCUGCCAGCACUGCAAAAAGCUGCUGAAAGGCCUCUUCAGACAGGGCCUGCAGUGUAAAGAUUGUAAAUUUAACUGUCAUAAACGAUGUGCUCCAAAAGUGCCAAACAACUGCCUGGGAGAAGUUUCGAAAAAUGGAGAGCUGCUGAGCCCGGGGGCGGAGUCAGAUGUCGUCAUGGUCGAGGGUUGCCUAGAUGACCAUGAUCUCGACAGAGGUGGCGGCCUGUUGGACGACAUGGAUGAAGCGCUGUCAUCAGAGGGUGGUCUACUGCUCGAGGCGGGGACCGGCGACCUCUGCGACCUGCACGACCCUGACCUGGACGAGUCCAACCGGGCCAUCAGCCCAUCCACCAGUAACAACAUCCCUCUGAUGCGAGUCGUUCAGUCUGUGAAACACACAAAGAGGAAGAGCAGCAGCGUGAUGAAGGAGGGCUGGAUGGUUCACUACACCAGCAAGGACACUCUGAGGAAGAGACAUUACUGGCGCCUGGACAGUAAAUGCAUCACGCUGUUUCAGAACGACACAGGAAGUAAAUACUAUAAGGAGAUCCCUUUGUCAGAGAUCUUAUCUCUGGAACCGGCUCAGACCUUCUCUCUGCUUCCUGAUGGAGCCAAUAUUCACUGCUUUGAGAUCGCCACAGCGUCACUGGUUUACUACGUCGGAGAGAACCUGCAGAGAGCUGACUCAUCUGUGACUGGCAGCAGCAUUCUGGUCAGCGGGGUGGGGCAGGAUGUAGCUCGGAUGUGGGAGAUGGCCAUCCAGCACGCUCUGAUGCCGGCUGUCUCUACAGGAGUUUCCCACGGCUCUCACCGCGGCGGACACAAGGAAAUUUCCAUCAGCAUUUCUGUCUCCAACUGCCAAAUCCAGGAGAAUGUGGAUAUCAAUUCUGUGUAUCAGAUCUUCCCAGACGAGGUUCUCGGCUCAGGACAGUUUGGCAUCGUCUAUGGAGGUAAACACAGGAAGUCUGGCCGAGACGUCGCCAUCAAGAUCAUUGACAAACUCCGCUUCCCCACCAAACAGGAGAGUCAGCUGCGCAACGAGGUGGCCAUCCUGCAGAGUUUGCACCACCCGGGCGUGGUCAACCUGGACUGCAUGUUUGAGACGCCGGAGAGAGUGUUCGUAGUCAUGGAGAAGCUUCACGGAGACAUGCUGGAGAUGAUCCUGUCCAGUGAGAAAGGACGACUGCCUGAGAGGGUCACCAAGUUCCUGGUCACACAGAUCCUGGUGGCUUUGCGUCACCUCCACUUCAAGAACAUUGUCCACUGUGAUCUCAAACCUGAAAACGUCCUGCUGGCAUCUGCAGACUCAUUUCCACAGGUGAAGCUGUGUGACUUUGGGUUCGCUCGGAUCAUCGGCGAGAAGUCGUUCAGGCGUUCGGUGGUCGGUACACCGGCUUACCUCGCUCCCGAGGUCCUGAGGAACAAAGGCUACAACCGCUCUCUGGACAUGUGGUCGGUGGGAGUCAUUAUCUACGUCAGUCUCAGUGGGACGUUCCCUUUUAAUGAAGAUGAGGACAUCAACGAUCAGAUCCAAAAUGCUGCCUUCAUGUACCCUCCACAUCCCUGGAAGAAAGUUUCCCAGGAAGCGAUUGACCUGAUUAACAACCUGCUACAAGUUAAGAUGAGGAAGAGGUACAGUGUUGACAAGACCCUCAGUCACCCCUGGUUACAGGACUACCAGAUGUGGCUGGACCUGAGGAACCUGGAGUCCCGGAUGAACGAGCGCUACAUCACCCACGAGAGCGACGACCUGCGCUGGCAUCACCACGCCCAGCUCAGCGGGCUGGACUACCCCACGCACCUCUGCAACGGCCCCCGUGGCAACAACGGACAGGGAAUGGAGCGUUAUCAGGAGCAGGAGGAGGAGCUGGAGACCCUCAGUGAGAGGGUCAGUGAACUCUGAAGACGGGGCCACAUGUGAAGAGAUUCAUCUCCGACGUGAGACAAGAAACAGCAACUGUGACAAAAUGAAAGAAAGCACAACAUUUAAACAAGUGAGGAGACAUUUUAAAGAGCUGUUAAAUGCAAACUUUUACUAAAAUAACUUACAAAGCGUUAUUAAAAUACCAGUUUAAAUUUUCACAGCCCAUUAAACCAAAUAAGGGUCGUUGUUUAGGAUAUAUGGGAGUUUAAGCUGUGAACCUUUUCUAUGAAGGUGCAUUGCAUUCACUAAAGGAAAAUAAAAUCUCAUACUUUUAACUUAACAUCUCAUAAUUACUUGGUCUAUAUCUCAUUAUUAUGAUGAAAAUAUCCCUGCAAGUUAGCUUCAGCUAGAAGCCUUGCAAGAUUUGUGCCUCGUUAUUAAGAGAUGCAUGUUUUGCCCUUGCAAGAUAAGGAUAUUGUAACUUUUUUAAUCUGAAUUAAUAGUUUUCAUAGUUAUUUCGUUCCGUACUUACAAAGUGCUUGUUAUGUAAAGGCCUUAUUUUAUAUAUUUUUACAACAGGAUCUUUUCAUUACUGCAUUUCGUAAGUACGAGAUCCUUGUUUUGUAAUUUCAAAGUAAGGAUUUAUACAUAUUUUAUCUCAUGAUUAUGAGAUCGUUGUUUUACAAAGUACCAGAUAAGGAUUUAGUGAUUAUGUUAUCUUUGUUUCAUUUUUGUUAUUGUAAUUGAUUUCUCUAUUUUUGUUGAUUAUUACAAAUGAAAAAACAAUGUUUUGCCCCUGUUGUCCCUUAUAAACAAGUAAAUAGUGAUGUAUGAUCAUAUCUUAUAAUUACAAAGUAUCUCCUAAUUACAAGAUAUGGAUUUUGUGAUUAAGAGAUAGUGAUCUUGUAAUUUCAAGUCAUAAUUUUAAGAUAAUACAAGCACUGAUAAGAUAAUUGCUAGAUCUAAACCUCAUAAUCAGUUCCAUAUAUUGUUAUUACAAGACAAGGAUCCAUAAUUUCUGGAUAUUGAUCUUGCGAGUUUGUAUACAGAUCUCCUAAGUCUGAAAUGCAUAAUUACAGAAUUAAAACAACAUUUUUUCUUUGGUGAUUGCAAUGCACGCUCAUAGUUUUCAGCCUUGACCCAGAGUUAUUUAUCAGAAAGGCUAAAAGUAGUACUUCUUUUAGACAAUCAGAAAAAUCAAGCUGCUACAGAAACUUAGCCUUUGAUUUACAUUCGUCCAAAACACGAAACUUCCCAGUUUGUGCCUCUCUUUUAAUAAUCACUUUUUCUAUAUAAAACACUUUGCACUGAUGAUUACGGUCAAGUUAUGGAAAUAAGCCACAGCUUUAAAUUGAAUUAAUCUUGAAACAGAGAGGCAGAUCACUAUCCAAAUUUUAGUUACUCUCACUUAGCCACAGAACAUUUUAUUACAACUUUCUUUUAGAUUUGACCUCGUGUAAAAUAAAUUGCUUGUUCAAUAAAAUAAUUUAUACAUUAAUCAACAGCUCUAAACCGGCAACAAAGCUAAGAAAAGCGUCAUCUUCGCUUUGCAUCUUCAUCUAUGACAGAAAGGUUUUUUUUGCAUGUAAUGUGUAAUUAUUUAAAACUAUAAAUGUCUUCUAUAAGAUUUAAACUCUAGUGAGGACAGUUGAUGUGUUUUAUUUUGUAGGGUAGCAAUGAAAUGUCAGGGGUUUUAUUCCAAAAGGACAUAUCCAAAAGUUCAAGUUAAUCACACGAAAAAAACUAAUGCAUUCAUGAAAAACAAUUCACUAUGAUGAUAAAGUACUGUAUGUUUCAGGUAUCCUUUAUUUCCUGAAAAUGGAUUUGUAGCAUUUUGGAAUGAAAAUCCUCAAUCGCUCAAAAAACAGUGCCAACAAAUACCAAAAAAGAGAUAAAUAUUUUCGUUUGUCAGUAUUUUCAGGUUCUGUUUUUCUGAACACUGUAACCACAGGUAUCCAACACUGACAGAAAUGUUUAGAUGUUUUUGCAUCACUUGGGUUUUAAUUAUUUUUUAAAUCUUUGUGAGAUUUUAAGUUCACAAAUCAUUUAAGGCUGUCUGGACCACAGGGAGGCAACAGUAGCAGCUCCCCUUUUAGUGGGUGUUGCCAACUGUGGUUUAACAACAAAAUGGCCGCCUGUCAGUCAGUCUGAAGGCCAUUGAACAUUCAAGUCUUUUUUUUUCUGAGAAAACAGUUACUAACAUAUAUUUUUAAAUCAAAGCAAGUAAAACUUGCCUGUGUUUUCAAAAAAUAGCAUCGUGUGCCUGUUGUUUUCAAUUCGACAAUUUCACCUGAAUGCUACGUAGCAUCUUCUGUAAACAUUAUGAAUGUUGUAAGUUUCUCAGCACAUUUACCGUACGUAUAGCCCAAAUACACGCUGUUCUAACUUUAUAUGGGAUAUGUCUUAAAGGUCAUGAUCACUCUGGAAGCUUUUCUGAUGUGCUGCAUCUUUAUCUCAAAAUGUAGCCUAGUUAGCCUUUGGGUUCAACAUUAAACUUUAGCUAAAGAAUGUAGAUUUCAAGACUUUAUCAGGGGUCAAGUUCCUAGAUUAGACAAUAAAACCAUAUUUUCACUGUUUUCAUUUUGGAUAAAUUAGCCAAUGCUAGCAAGAUAACACCUUAACCGCCAGGGGGCGGAGCUAGAUUCUCAGCACAGUGGGGGCGGAGCUUCAUCACGGGGCCCACAUGCGUCCGUCUCAUAGGCCACUCUAGUCAAUACUUGUGCUCACACCAGAAGUGUCUGUCCCCUCCUCUCUGGAGAGAAUACCAUUUUCAAAAUAAAAUACCCUGUACAGACCCCCGAUCGUAUAUCAACAAUAAACACAGUUAAAGCAGACAAAAAAGAAACAGUUUAACUAUGUAGCUUACUUAAUCAUAGUAGAAGGUCAAAAUCAAGCACUAAUCACUAAAUGAACAAAAUCUAAACAUGUCAGCAAAGUUAGGCGGCAAAACGCUCUUAUUCUGAAAUGCUCCCUGUGGGCUCUGCAGAUCGGAACGAAAGCAGGUCACAGAGAGAUGUGAAGAAGUAGUAGAAGCACAAAAAGAACAUAUUAAAAACAAGUCAUUAACGUGGGGCAGGCUGCACGCUCCGCUGCUGAAACACUUUGGCUUCCAGUGGACGUACACGCCGCCUGUGUCAGUCCAGGGUGAUAUAUAAAAGCCUAAGUCCGUCCCCCAGAAUUACCUUGAUGCACGAGGUUUGUUAAAAUUAGCUAAUAAGUCUUCUACUUGUUUGAAAUACAAAACUUGCUUUGUGAAUUAUGAUUUUUUGUGUCUGCUUAGAAUAUAGUGUUUUUUUAUGUUAUUUGUCAUUCAUGUGGUGGCUUACUAUGCCUGUUUCAUUAGAUAAGAACGGCUGCACUGAGUGAUACAAGUAACCAAUUCACUUGUACAGUUGUGUCUACAAGUAAUUGACUACACAUUUGUGACCCACGGAGCGGGACUCCUGCCUAGCUGGGGCCCUGGGUCGGCCGCCCGCAUGCACCCGCGCUUUCUCGGCUCUGUUUCCAGUGACACAGCUGUGCUUUACUUUAUGGAAGAAGGAAAAAAACGCCUUAUAUGACACAAUAAAAACUAAAAAGUUUUUCCAUUUUUGGUUUGGUGGUCAGUAUGUCAUUAAAAAUAUAAAGAUAUAGAGUCAU